AGAACCAGGUGAAGUGGAGUCGAGCUUGAUGUCUGCCAGGUUUCCUCGUAAUUCACUCUUUCUUAAUUCUUCAACACUCUUCGCCUCCCUGUGCCGCCGCCAACCGCCGCGUUUUCGCUUCCACCGCCGGACCGCGUGCACGACUGCCACUUCCAUCGUGCCUUCCGGAAUUGGGGAGGAAUAGUUUCGUUUCCAGGACAUUUCUGUGGUGUUGCUGCGCUGUGAAUUGCAACAUUGAAGUUAAUAUGCAUCUAUAGGUCGAAUUGCAAUAGCAAGUAAAACAUCGUAUCUCUGAUUGUGGGGGUUGUAUUGUGAAGAGUCCUCUCAGCACAAGAUCUACCCCCAGUAAGAAGUAUUCCAUCCAUUUUUGGUGUGAACCUGCUGUGUUAACUGACUUGCUACAAGCUAAUUUUUGAGAUCAGUACAAUACAUGACCAUAUAUAAUUAGCUUUUGGGUCUGAGGUUUGGGAGGGAUGCGAAUUUCCAGCACACAAGCACAGCAUAGAUGUCACUUUUUGUGCAACGUCUCAAAUGGAUGAUCAAUGGGUUUAACCGAUCAGCAUCAGUGAGCCCCAAGAGUUUGGAUUGUCCUGAUGUGAAACCUUUAACUGGCCCGAAUGAACUUGAUGUUCUCAAGCCUAGCUAUAGUAAUCCAUUUAAACAGCGAAUGAUGGAGGUCUCAAAUGAAAUUUCGAUAUACAUCCAUCGAUUUCACAACCUUGACUUGUUUCAGCAAGGAUGGUAUCAACUUAAGAUUAUGCUAAGGUGGGAGGAUGGUGACUCUGGUCUGGGGAUUCCGGCAAGAGUUGUUCAAUAUGAAGCUCCUGAUUUGGGUUCUAAUGAUAUCAUUGGAGUAUGGAGGAUUGACGACACAGAUCAUAGUUUUUCUACACCACCUUUUCGAAUUAGAUAUGCGAGACAGGAUAUACUUUUGGCUAUGAUGGUCUCUUUCAGCAUACCGCUGUAUAAACUUGAGGGAAUAUCCAAGUCGGCUGUUAUUCUGAAGUUUGAGCUGUUGUACACGCCUGUGUUGGAGAACAGGUCCAUUGUUCAAACUUGUUUAGACACGAGCCCUGCUGCAGUUCACGAAUUCCGCCUUCCCCCAAAAGCGCUGUUGGGAUUGCAUGUGUAUUGUCCGGUUUAUUUUGAUGCUUUUCAUUCUGUAUUAGUAGAUACAUGUGUGCAUGCCAGCCUUCUGAAACGUAGGGUCUACACCACCUCGCAGAAGGUAUCAAGCGAUACUAAAGAUAAUGGAACUGGUGCUUCUACAUGGCAUGAUAGAGCAACACAGAUUAUUGCAGUGAAAGCAUUAUCAAGUGCUCGUGACAUACUUGUGGAGGAGCUACAAAAGCUCAGCAAGGCUAUUGAUAAGCCAAUUGAUAUCAAGGAUUUUACUUUGAAAGAAUUGACCAGUUUGACUCAAGCAGAUCUGGAUCUGGCUGAUGCUGAAGUUCCAAAGCAGCAGAAACCAAAUGGGGAAGUUGACUAUUCGAGUGAUAGCAUUCUUCAUUCUUUGCCAGAAGAUAAACUGCUCAAAGCAUUUGAUUUGAUUGGCAAUCAAAUGUUCUAUUUAUGGAGUAUGUUUCUAAACUUUCACAGGGUAAAUGUAAAGAAGAUUCUCGAAUUUCUGUGUGAAGAGUGGGCUGUUGAUCGUCAAACUGAAUGGUCAAUCUGGAUGGUCCAUACUAAAGUUGAGAUGCCUCAUCAGCAUGUAAGUAGCAUGAGCGAAGACAGCUCUAGUAAUGGUUCUCGUGGUAAAACAUUGUCUCUGCGCAAGUUAACUAGAGAUCCUGCACAAAUGGCAGCUAUGAGGGCUGAGCUCCAUAGGCGAAGUAUUGCGCAAAUGAGGAUCAACAGCCGGUCUGUACAAGACAUGUACAUAUUUGGAGACCCAUCCCGCAUCCCCAUUGUGAUUGUCGAACGUGUUGUCCAUGCUCCCAUUAGCUCGACUAGUGGAAAUUCUUACUUCAGCCAAGUGGAGGAGAAAGAUAAAAACAGCCUGAAUGCCGUGGCUGAUCCUAAACCCUCAAACACACUAUCUGUUGCAGGAACUCAUCAAAAGGGCCGCAUCCUGAAGAUUGUAGUUUUUGUACAUGGAUUCCAGGGUCAUCAUCUCGACCUCCGGCUUGUUCGAAACCAGUGGCUUUUAUUAGACCCGAAGACAGAAUUUUUAAUGUCAGAGGUUAAUGAAGAGAAGACAUCCGGAGAUUUUAGAGAAAUGGGGCAAAGGCUAGCUCAAGAGGUUGUAUCUUUUGUGAAAAAGAAAAUGGACAAGGCAUCGAGAUCUGGGGUCUUGAGAACAAUCCGGCUAAGCUUCGUUGGACAUUCCAUCGGGAAUAUCAUCUUACGAACAGCACUAACAGAUACUGCUAUGAUUCCGUAUCUGAGAUAUCUUUAUACUUAUCUCUCGGUCUCUGGCCCACACCUCGGUUAUCUUUACAGCUCAAACUCUUUGUUCAAUGGUGGAUUGUGGGUCUUGAAGAAGUUCCGAGGCACUCAGUGUAUCCAUCAGCUGACUUUCACCGAUGACUCUGAUUUGCAAAACACUUUCUUAUACAAACUGUCUAAGGAAAGAACAUUGGAGCAUUUCCAAAAUAUUAUACUGCUAUCUUCACCCCAGGACGGGUACGUGCCUUACCAUUCUGCAAGAAUCGAGUCAUGCGCCGCGUCUGUAGGAGACAAUUCGAGAAAGGGCAGAGCCUUUCUGGAGAUGCUCGACAACCUCUUGGACCAAAUACAGUCCCCAUCCUCGGAGCAUCGAAUGUUCAUGCGCUGCGACGUCAACUUCGACAUCUCCACGCAAGGCACGAGCCUGAACACCAUCAUCGGCCGGGCUGCCCACAUCGAGUUCCUGGAGACAGACAUCUUCGCCAAGUUCAUAAUGUGGUCCUUCCCCGAUCUAUUCCGCUGAUCUUUCUCAUUUCCCGAAUGUCCCAUCCAUCCUACCUCGACCUUUUCGCUCGGGGGGAUAACUACCGUUGAAUCCUGGGGAUGGCGGACCGGGAAAGCUGUGAAAACUAUCUGGAAAUCACCCUGGGCGCCGGUGCAUACAAUGCUCGAUUAUUGCUGUGUAAAAUUCGACGGGAUUCGAGUGUAUUUAAUGAAGCGAAACAGGUGCUAAGUUUAUUAUUCGAGCAAGAGCUAAGCUGUAUUAUAAAUUUAACAUAGAGGGAAGACGAUGAACGCCAGAUGUUAUGAACAGGUGCUAAGCUUAUAAUUCGAGCAUUUUGUUUAUAUAUAUUGCUAAAUUUAUUUUUGAAAUGUUUAUGGAAAAA